AUGCCCCGAACAGGAAUCGCCCAGGUCGUGGAGAACCACAAACUGACUCUCAAAGAGCCCACGGUCAAAAUUGACACUCCUAAAGACGUGGUGGUCAAGGUCGAAUUUGCUGCCCAGAACCCCAUUGAUGUGCGAACCUAUGAUCUGAAACAGAUCCCCGACGGAGAGAUCGCCGGCCGAGAUCUCGUUGGAAUUGUGGACGUGAUUGCUCCCGAAGUUGUGGACAAGGAGCUCAAGGGAACUCGAAUUGCUGCUUUUGCCAAUGGAAGCACUCCCUCCAAGUCUGGAGCGUUUGCUCAAUGGGCCAUUGCCAAGGACGAGAUCUACGUGGUCAUUCCCGAUAACAUUGCUCCUGAGGCAGCUGCCACUCUUCCCGUGGGCUUUUUCACGGCCGUUCACGGCCUUUACUUGCCUCACAAGCUGGGUCUUGAGAGAGGAGGCAGUAAGUCGGAGCUCGUGCUCAUCUGGGGUGGAAACUCGUCCGUUGGCCGAUACGCCAUUCAAUUGGCCAAGCUGGGAGGCCACCGAGUCAUCACCGUGGCGUCUCCUGCCUCUGCUGACGAACUCAAGGCUCUGGGAGCCGAAAAGGUGUUUUCUUACAAGGACGCUGAUGUUGUGGAGCAGAUUCGAAAGGAGUAUGGCGACAUUCCCAAUGUCCUAGACGCCAUUGGAACCCCUGAUUCAGCCACAACGUCCUCUAAGACUACUGGAAGCUCUCCCGCAAAGUACACCACCGUGCGUCGAAACGCAGAGCACACGGAAAACUUCCCCAAACACAUUACUGUGUCGCCCAUCCAGGCCUACCGAGUCUUUGAUCAGGAGCAUCUUCCCGAGGUGACUAUUGCCAAGGAGUAUGCUAAGCUGCUGACUGGUUGGCUCAAGGAGGGCAAGAUUGUUCCUAACAAACCAAAGGUGCUUGGAGGCCUGGAGAAGGUCGAAGAGGGUUACCAGCUCCAUCGGGACGGUAAGAUUCAUGGAGAGAAGCUCGUUUAUGACAUUGCUAAGACAAAGCUCUAA